AUGGAUGGGGCUAGGACAAGCGACACGAGUUUCGAGAGAAUUUGGGAGGUGGAAGAACCAAACAGAGGUGUAGAAAAGGGUAACCUUGGUCUAGUACUCAAAAGCAAGGCUAAACAUGCAGCAAUCUCUAAACGUCUUGACAAACCUUUUAUAUUUGAUGAUAAACCUUUAAUUGUACAGUAUGAAGUCAUUUUUCAAGAUAACCAAAUAUGUGGAGGGGCCUAUUUAAAAUUAUUAUCUGUGGAUCCUAAACACAAAGACUUGAGAGAUUUUCAUGAUAAGACUCCUUACACUAUCAUGUUUGGGCCUGAUAAAUGUGGAAAUGAUCAAAAGUUGCAUUUUAUCUUUAGACAUAAGAAUCCAUUAAAUGGAUCAUUUGAAGAGAAGCAUGCUAAAAAACCCAAAGAAAGAUUAGAAGAAAUUUUUCAAGAUAAGCAACCCCACUUGUAUACUUUGAUAGUUAAACCAGACAAUACUUUUGUGAUCAAAGUUGAUGACAACGUAGUAAAUGAAGGUUCAUUGCUUGACGAUUUUACCCCACCAGUCAAUCCACCACUUGAGAUUGAAGAUCCUGAAGACAAAAGACCAAAAGACUGGGACGAUAGAGAAAAAAUACCAGAUCCUACUGCUGUUAAGCCAGAUGAUUGGGAUGAAGAUGCUCCAGCUCAAAUUGUUGACGAGGAUAACGAAGCGCCUGAUGGCUGGCUAGAGAAUGAACCACCAUUUAUUCCGGAUCCAAAUUCUGUGAAACCUGAAGACUGGGAUGAAGAUACAGAUGGUGAAUGGGAACCAUCAAAGAUUGAAAACCCAAAGUGCAAAGAUGCACCUGGAUGCGGUCCUUACCAAAAAAAAUUAAUUAGCAAUCCUCAGUACAAAGGCAAAUGGCUUCCACCUCUAAUAAAUAACCCCAACUACCAAGGAAAAUGGAAACCUAGACUUAUCCACAAUCCAAAUUAUUAUAAUGAUCAACAACCAUUUAAAAUGACUCCGAUUUAUGCUGUUGGUUUCGAACUGUGGUCCAUGUCACCUGACAUGCUCUUUGACAAUAUUAUAGUCACUGAUGAUGAAUUAGUGGCUAAAACAUGGGCUGAAGAUACGUUUGAAAUUCGCAAACAAAGAAUUUCCAGGGAAUCGGAAACUUGGUGGGGUAAAAUGAGAAGAAUGAUGAAUUACAAACCGGGGUGGUGGUUUGCAUAUUUAAUCUAUUGCUCUAUCCCUGUUUGUAUAUACAUUUGUUUCCUUAUUUCACGUGCUCGAGAGCCGGAGGAUACAAAAGAAUCGCAAAAUGAUGAUGAAGCUGAAGCUGAAGCGGAAGCUUUGAUUCAAAAAGAAAAAGAUGCUGAUUUAGAGAAAGAUGAGGAAGCUACGGAAAAAGAUAAAGCUGAAGAAACGAUAGAAGAGCUUGAAGAUAAAGAAGAAUCAGAAACUGAAGAAAUUAUUCCAGAUGAACAGGGUGAAUCAUCCGGGAAAGCCGAGGGACCACGAAGAAGAAAACCAAAUAAAGAAUAGUUAUGACUGUUGUUUUUUUAUGAAGGUUGUAAGUCAACAAAAAGUGCAUUAAUUUUUUCACAGAGUUCACAUUCCGUAUAUCUUAUUGUGAAUAAACACACUAAGAUAACUGACAUGUGCACUGUAAAAACUUGUCGUUUUGAUUAUAAUAUAAAUAAUUAUCUUGAAUUAAAGUAUGAACGGUCAAAUAGAAUGAAUGAGAGAACCAGAGUACAUGUGCAUGUGUCUCAAAGACAGAAAGACUAGCUUUUUCUAAAAAAAUUAUAUCACCAUGUAUUACUUUGUAUGCAACAGUGCAUUUAUUACGUUGAGUGUAAUUUGUAUACUGUUUAAUGAAAAUCUUUGAAGAAGUAUGUGUUGUGCACACAGUAUACAGAUAUAAUAUAUAUUGUAAUAUUGAAUGGAUUUUUAACGCCUAUUGUCGAGUUUUUAUCUCACGUUGCGCGUUCUGUUGAAAUAAAAUACGAACUUAAAAAAUCUU